AUGGAACGAUCUUCCAGUAAUAGCCGUAGCAACGGCCCCAACAACCCUUUCAGCACAGCCAUCCGAGGUGCACCUCUCUCUUCAUGUCGUCGUGAUCUGCUUUCCGCCCGAGACAAUCAUUUGCGAGAUCUUAGCGAUUUGGUCGCAUCUGACGUGGCAGCAAAAGGCCUGGCAUACGCACAACAGCCAUCACAGCUGGCUUUCACUCAAUUGCCUUGCGAAUGUGGAUUGGCAGUUGGUCUGUGGUAUCAGGUACAUGUGGGAGUGCAGUGA